GCUGACUGGAAUGUUGACAAAGCAAGUCGUCGCUGCCGGUGGACGAAGAGAGAAGCUUGGAGCUCCGGAGAUGUUUCUGGUUCUGUAGGUUUCUGCUUUUAUUCUCCGGUGGAGCUGCUCGGUUCGUCCGACAGCAGCUUUUAUUGUGACGGUUUCUUCCGGUCUGAUGUGAGACCUGGACCCUGAGGAACCCCGAAGAACCCCGAAGAACCCUGAGGAACCCUCCAGCUACCAGAAUGGACCUCCAGGAGGAGAGGAGGAGGCUGCUGGACCCGGAGGACCGAGAAGAAGAUCCGACUGGACUCAUGUCUGAGCAGGAGGCUUAUAUGAGUAAAGUGAAGAACAAGAACCUGUAUUUGGCCUCGUUCGUGUCGGUUCUGGGUCCGAUGAGCUUCGGCUUCGUAUUAGGUUACAGCUCUCCGGCCAUCCCAGAACUCUCCAGCAUCGACGACCCUCGGCUCAGGCUGGAUGACGUCCAGGCCUCCUGGUUCGGGUCCAUCGUGACGGUGGGGGCGGCGCUCGGCGGCCUGCUGGGCGGCUGGUUGGUGGAGAAGAUCGGCAGGAAGCUCAGCCUGAUGUUCUGCUCGCUGCCCUUCGUCUUCGGCUUCACCAUCAUCAUCGCGGCGCAGAACGUCUGGAUGCUUCACGUCGGCCGGGUUCUGACGGGCGUCGCCAGCGGAAUCACAUCGUUGGUCGUCCCGCUUUAUAUUUCUGAAAUGGCACAUGAGCGAGUCCGAGGGUUGCUGGGCUCCUGUGUGCAGCUCAUGGUGGUGCUCGGCAUCAUGGGAGUUUACCUGGCAGGUCUGUUUGUGGACUGGCACUGGCUGGCCAUCUGCAGCUCCGUCCCUCCAACGCUGCUCGUCCUGCUGAUGGUCUUCAUGCCGGAGACGCCUCGGUUCCUGCUGUCUCAGGGGAAGAGGCGGGAGGCCGAGGAGGCGCUGAGGUUCCUGCGAGGCCCCGAGGCCCCUGUGGAGUGGGAAUGCGCUCGCAUCGAGGAGGCCUGCGACGAACAGGGCUCCAGCUUCCAGAUGUCCGACCUGAAGGACCCUGGAGUCUACAAGCCGCUGAUGAUCGCCAUCUCACUGAUGAUCUUCCAGCAGAUGACGGGGAUCAACGCCAUCAUGUUCUACGCCGAGAACAUCUUUGAGCAGGCACAUUUCAAGGAGAGCGAUCUGGCCUCGGUCAUCGUGGGUCUCAUCCAGGUCGUCUUCACGGCCGUCGCUGCUCUCAUCAUGGACAAAGCUGGAAGGAAAGUCCUGCUGAUCAUCUCAGGCGUUGCCAUGGCGAUCAGCACCACAGCUUUCGGGGUUUAUUUCUACCUGAUGUCCGAAAAGACUGAAGCUCAGGGCGACCUGUCCUGGUUAGCUCUGGCCAGCACGGCCGUCUUCAUCGCAGGUUUCGCUCUAGGCUGGGGUCCGAUCCCGUGGCUCAUCAUGUCGGAGGUUUUCCCGGUGAAGGUCCGAGGCUUCGCCAGCGCCGUCUGCGUCCUCACCAACUGGAGCAUGGCCUUCAUCGUCACCAAGACCUUCCAGGACAUGAUGAACCUCCUGACCAGCGCCGGAACCUUCUGGCUGUUCGCCUCCUUCUGCACGGCCAACAUCGUCUUCACCGCCGUCUUCGUCCCGGAGACCAAGGGGAAGACGCUGGAGCAGAUCGAGGCUACGUUCAGGGGCACGUCGGGUCCAUGAGGACGCCGAGAAACUCCCGUUUAUAAACUGGCUGGACCUCCGAGGACGUCGUGAGGGUUUUUAAAACCUUUUUAAUCCAACGGUUUAGUUCCACGGUUCUGGAAACUAAAGCGGAUCGGCAAGAGGUCCAAUCUGAGGACGGAGGACUGUCGUUCAGUUUGGUGCUUUGUCCUUCCAAAUGACUCAAAAUGUGACAAAAGUGACUCACAGUUUGUCCUACAUGACAAAAAAAUGGCUAAAAUGAUUUGAAAAUUGUCCAAAAUGACAGAAAUUGUCCAAGAUGAUUAAAAAAUCCCCUUAAUCAUUGAACAUUCAUAUAAAAUGACUCAAAAAUUUUACAAAAUACUAAAAAUGUACACAGGUACACACAUAUAUUCCUAAAUUACUCAGAAAAUAGUCACAAUUACGGCCAAUUUUUUUAAAUGACUCAAAUUAACUGAAAAUGAUCCAAAAUGACUCGUAAAUGAUCCAAAAUGACAAAAAUGAUCAAAUAUUAGUCACACAUUUUACUUAAAAAUUGUCCAAAAUUCAUCCUACAAGACAAAAAUUUGUCAAAAAAUGACUUACAACUUCACAAAAAUGACAAAAACAUGAUAGAUUGUCCUAAAUUAUUCAAAACUUAUCCAGAAUAACUUAAAAAUUGCCAAAAAAUUUGUCGUAAAUUGUCCAAAAUUACUUACAGAUUUUCCUAAAUGACACAAAAAUUGUCUAGAACACUUUAAAUUUUGUCUAAAAUUCCUCAAUAAAAAUAAAAAAUGCCCAAAAUUUUCACUGUUACUGUUUCCUAAAUUACUCAAAAAUUUUCCAAAAUGUAAACCAAUGGCCAAAAUUACUCACAAAUGUUGCUAAAUUAAUUGAAAAGAAGUCAAAAAUUACAAAAAUGAUCCAAAAUUAUUUACAUAUUUUCCUAAAUUACCUAAAAUUUGUUCACAAUUACAGAAAGUUUCCAUGGUUACAUAAACUCUCUCCAGAAUAGUUCCAAAAUUUUCUAAAAAACUCAAAAAUGUUUCAACAUUAUUCAAACAUUUUCCAAAAAACAAUAAAAACUUCAUCCUGUGUAAAAUGCAUAAUUAAAUAUAAUUCAUGUGUUUCUAUAAAAGCCUUCAGUAUCAAAAAAAAAUUAUCAAUGCAGGAGGUCAAUAAAUUCACUUCUUUUCAAAAAAUGAGAAACGACAUGAGACAAAAGAAAAAGCCACAAAAAAAUUGACAAAAAAGUUACAAAGCGACAAAAAAAUAGACAACACAAAUGGAAACACAAAACGACAAAUAGCAAGAAACAAAACGACAAAAACAUGAUACAAACGACAAAAGUCAGACAAAAAAGCCAAAACAACAUGAAAAAACAAGACAAAAUAUUACAAAAGUGAGACGCAAAACGACAAAAAUGAGAAACAAAAUGGCAAGAAAAGAGAAACGACAUGAAACAAAAGAAAAAAGAGACAAAAAAUCAGACAAAGUUACAAAGCGACAAAAAAUAGACAAACGACAAAAAAAACAAAAUAUUACAAAAAUGACACAAUGACAAAAGAACAAUCAUCAUGGUCUACAAAUUGUUUUAAAUUUAUAGUUUUACAAAUUUACAGUUAAUGUCUUGUCUGUAGUUUUUACACUUUGAGGGCCGGAUUGGACCCUCUGGAGGACCGGUUUUGGCCCACGGGCUGCAUGUUGGACACCCCUGCUCUAUAGGUUGUAAACACACCACACAGAUGUGUGUUUUUUCUGUUUAAAUAUCUACACGUUUCUUAAACCACAUAAUCGAAGUUUUUGUGCCAAAAUUUUUUCACUUUAAUUCCCGUUUUGAAGAAGCAGGUAGAGAAGUGCAGAGACUUUAUAAAAACAGAAUAUUUCUUGUGUUUUCAGGGCAGAAAUAGAAGGAAACCCUGACUUUUAUAACCAGAAGUGAAUCAUGAUGAAGUGACUGGAGUCUGCAGUUUACAGUCAUUUAACGUUUGCAUCAUCAGGGAAGUGAAACUAAACACAGUCUGUGACGACCAGCAGUGAGCUGUACAGAAUAAAUGUGUGUUUUCUAAUGUUUUUUAGUCUUUUUUUCUUACAGGAAACGUUGAGAUCAUCAAGAUACUUGACUUUAAACUCAAUAAGUGAUGAAAACUGAACACUUUGCUUAUCUUUCUUUUCAAUUUGUACGAUUUUCAGGGUUUUUUUCACUUCUCUCUGCGGGAAUAAAAAACUCAGGGGUUUUUUUUGUUUUUUUUUUUAAAGAUCAAUGAAGCUAUGAAACAACUCUUCAAACCCUAUUUCUGUUGGGUGGAUGUUGGUAAUUUGUAUAUACUUUGCAGAUUUACUCUAAAUAUAGUCUGACCAGGCUCAGACAUCUCAGUUUGUCCACUGUGGAUCUGAAUUAUAUCAUAAACUGUCUCUAAAUAAAAUCAAUAAUGACCGAAG